AAAAAAAAAAAAAAAAGAGGUAAAGUAGCUGACCAAAACAACAUCGGUCAGAUUCGAUGGAUACUACAUUACCUGUAUAACAUCUCUAGUUCGCAAAGAAGCACUAAGGACACAUCAUAGUCUUUUGGUUGCCACGCGAAAGGCCCACCGGUCCUAAAUUAGUGAUCGAUAAUUGAGACGUUCUCAGUUUCUACCAAUUAUCCGGAGUCUUCUGCCGCAGUAUCUUACGAGCCUGAGCCGCGUGGUAUCCUGGUGAGACUCGGCAACCUUCAAUUUACGACGUGAUAGUCCUCAUUAAGAGCUCCACGCGGGACUCCACUAUGUCUUUUCUUACCUAUCUGUAUUACAAAGUCCUUGCCAUACUUAUCAGGGCUCUCGCUAGCCGCGGUAGGCGUCCUAUUCCCAGCCCUGAUGACGUCGUUCAUAUUCCAUCGCGAGAUGCAUCGAGAAAAAUCAAAGCACAUGUCUAUCAAUCGGCAUCGUCGCUGAACCCAUGUCCCAUACUCAUUAAUUUCCAUGGCAGCGGGUUCUUGAUUCCCAUGCAUGGAAGUGACGACGAGUUCUGCCGGCAAGUGAGCCGAGAGACGGGGUACACGGUGCUCGAUGUCCAGUACCGUUUAGCACCAGAACACCCCUUCCCCGCGGCCCUCCAUGAUGCCGAGGAUGCGGUGACCUGGGUUCUCCAGCGCCCUGAGAAAUUCGAUUUAUCUUGGGUGGCGAUCUCUGGGUUUAGUGCUGGGGGUAAUUUGGCUUUGGCCCUCUCCUCGAAUAUUUUCCCUCGAGGAACUUUUCGAUCGCUGCUCGCUUUUUAUCCCCCAGUUGAUUUGUACACAGAACCGGGAUCCAAGACUCCACCGGAUCCUGCAGGAAAGCCGCUGCCUGCAGUCUUAGCCCGGGUUUUUGAUAGAUGUUACAUUCCUACGUCCUACGAUGCCAGAGACCCUCGAAUCUCGCCCUAUUAUGCCCAACCUGACCGCUUCCCUGACCGCAUUCUGAUGGUGACUGCAGCUUGCGAUAGCCUCGCAGGUGAAGCGGAGGCACUCGCCGCCAAAAUCAACAAAGAACCGGGGAAAGAAGUUAUGUCUCACAGGAUGCAGGGUUGCAAUCACGGCUUUGACAAAAGCCCUCCCGAAGGGUCGAUUCCCGCAGAUGCAAAAGACAAGGCCUACACCAUGGCCGUUUCGACGUUGUCGCGUUAGAUGACACUGCCUCUCUGACCGUUCACUUUUUUUUUGCACGGACGGUGCUACGUCUAUUUCAUGUCACUGCGUUUUUCCCUUUUUUGGGGCUCGGGUAACUGGCGGUGAAUCAAUAACUUCUGAUCUAACUGCAUAUCAUUUUGACCCACCCCGAAUGGCGCCCGCCGGCACCCCAUAGAAGGCCAUACGGUUGACGGAGGUGUAGAUACUGUGUAGUUAGGCCACCGGGAUCAUCGAAUCACCAGCUGCACAAUAAGUAACAGGGAUGAUCGGGUGGUGAUGAUCAAGGAACUGGACAAGAACAGUGGGCCCAGACGAGAAAAUCUUCAUUAGCCGUUGAAACUUGAAGCAACGGUGCCUGACUGGUGAUGCAGUGGCUGAAACCACACCAUGGACCAUUCAUUCAGUUUUGUUUUUGGGGGCGGAACGGACCGGCAGGUACCCUAUGCCCUAAGCUCCUGAAAGCGGUAAUACCCCUAGCAGGGGCAGGUGACUUGACUACUGAACAGUAUUCUGUACCUUAGUAUGUUACCUGUUUCACACCCGUGGGAACGGAAUUGCUUUGGUGGAGCAGCCACUGACCUACAUGGAGGCCCAUACUUUGACUAACAAUGGAAUAUUACGUAUUGUGCCUGAUUG